AUGAAAACAGCUGGUGCAGUCACAAUAUUAGGCUUGAUGACAUCUUUGCUGCUCAUAGCGAUAACAUCGUUGGGUGUUGUUGUUGGUCAGAAAGAAGUAGUACUCGACUCUAAUGGACAACCAGUAAAGGCCAAUACUCCGUAUUACAUCUCGAAGCCGGAAGAAAGAGCAUGGAUUUCCCGUUAUGGAAACAGGACGUUUGCUCCCUUCUCAUGCCCAAGAAGAGUUGUAUUGUUCUCUAACGCAAUUGUAGAAACACCUCCACCAGUUAUAUUUGUAUUACCAUCAUCAGAUGAUGUCGUACGUGUAUCAACAGAGCUUAACAUCAUGUUCUCAAGGCCCUUUAUAUGCCGUGAGUCCGGGUAUUGGAGAGUCGUUGCAAACAGCUCAUCGCCAAUCAAAGAAGUAGUCCUGUCCGGAUCCAAGUCAAGCAAUGACAGUACCUUCACCAUCAUGAAAUUUGACAGCGGAUCUUACAAGUUUGCUUUCGGCAGUGCUGACAAACCGACCGAUAUCGGUUUAGAUGCGACAUAUCCUGGUAUAUCAAGGUUGAUAUUGUCUAACAACUCUAGCUUUGGCGUCUCUUUCGUCCCGGGCUCUUAA